GAGAGGUAGAAUAUCGAGAGAGAGAGAAAGUCACCGUUUUUUCCAAAUUGCAGGAUUUCAUUUUUGAAGGAAUUUUCCCCAUCAAUGCAAAAAGACCGUGAUUAUCAGACCGUUGCUACCCAUAUCUCCUUAUCUUCUUCACGCACGUUCCCUUCAUCUUCAUCAGAAGCCAGAGUGGAGGGCGAAAUGCAGCUCCAUUCAGAUGCAUCCUGUGCUUGGCGUUCUAGAGAAGUGCACCACCAUGAGCCAUUUGAAGCAACUCCAGGCUCAAAUGAUCACGACAGGUUUGAUCCAAGAUAUGUUUGCAGGAAGUCAAAUGAUGGGCUUCCUUGCGGCGGGGCAAGUGCCCGGUGGCCUCGAUCACUGUCUCGCUAUCCUGAACAAAAUGGAGAAUUCGGAUAGCAGUCUCUGGAAUUCUGCAAUCAGGGGUUUUUCUGACAAUGAUGAUCCAAAACAAGCCGUUGUAGUGUACAAGCAGAUGCUUCUGAUGGAUGUUCAGCCGGAUAAGUAUACUUUCCCCCUUAUUCUUAAGGCCUGUGGGAGGUUUCGUGUGGUGGGGAGGAUUGGAGAAGAGCUGCAUGGGCAUGUCCUGAAGUUGGGUUUCGAUAUGGAUGUCUAUGUACAGAAUGCCUUGAUUCACGUCAGAUGUGUUCGUGGGCAAGUCCUAGAUGCUCGUCAACUUUUUUUCCAAAUGCCUCAACGAGAUCUGGUCUCAUGGAACUCUAUGAUCAAUGGGUAUGUUCAAUGCGGAUUGCCGGAAGAGGCUAUUGGCUUUUUCAGGGAAAUGGAGGCAGUAGGUGUCCAGCCAGAUGUAGUUACGAUGAUUGCCGUCGCUUCUGCAAGCGCUCGGUUAGGAAGGUUGGACGUUGGACGUUGGGUUCGUGACCUCAUAAUUCAGAAACGGAUUGCUUUCACGACAAAGCUUCGCAAUGCGUUGAUGGAUAUGUAUGUAAAGUGCGGGUGUUUGGAAUCUGCAAGGAAAAUAUUCGAUGAAAUGCCUACUAGAACGGUCGUCUCCUGGACAACAAUGGUGGUUGGAUACAGCAAGCACGGUGAGUUGUCUGAAGCGCGUCAAUUGUUUGAUGAAAUGCCCAAUACGGAUAUCGUACCAUGGAAUGCGAUGCUUUCAGGCUAUGUUCAAUGCAAGCGCCCUAAGGAGGCUCUGUCUCUCUUCCAUGAAAUGCAGUCAACACCUGUUAGGGCAAAUGAAGUCACCAUGUCUAUCUUGCUCUCAUCAUGUUCACAGUUGGGGGCGCUAGACAUAGGCCAAUGGGUUCACCAUUACAUUGACAAGCACAAUAUAUGUUAUACAGUUGAGCUGGGGACUGCUCUGGUCGACAUGUACGCGAAGUGUGGCAACAUAAACAGAUCUCUACGAGUUUUCCGUGAGAUCCCUGAGAAGAAUGCCUUGACAUGGACGGCGAUGAUAACAGGUCUAGCGAGCCAUGGUCAUGGACGAGAUGCGAUAUCACUGUUUUCAGAAAUGAUCAAUCGAGGAUAUUUGCCAGAUGACAUUACCUUCCUUGGUGUUCUGAGUGCUUGUUGUCACAAUGGCUUCGUUGAUGAGGGUCGGCAUUUCUUCUCUCAAAUGACCUCGAGGUUUAAUCUCAUGCCGAAAUCAAAGCAUUACGCUUGCAUGGUGGAUCUGCUAGGAAGAGCAGGGCUACUGGGUGAGGCGCUUGAACUGAUAGAGCAAAAGGCGACCAUGGCAGAUGCUGUGGUGUGGGGAGCUUUCUUUUUUGCAUGUAGAGCUCAUGGUAAUGUUGAGAUGGGUGAGCUUGCUGCUAGUAAGCUGCUUGAGUUGGACCCUGGUGACUCCGGGAUCUACGUUCUGCUGGCUAACUUGUACACAGAAGCUAACAUGCCAGAUAAAGCAACUAAGGCAAGGAAGAUGAUGAAGGACAGAGGAAUAGAGAAAACCCCUGGUUGCAGUUUGAUAGAAGUGAAUGGCGUUGUCAAUGAAUUCAUUGUCAGAGACAAAUCACACCCCAAAACAGAAGAGAUAUAUGCUUGUCUAACUGAAAUGGCUAAGCAUAUUCAGAUGGGUGGAUGAUUUUGCUA